GGAAAAAAAGAUGCAUCGCUAGCUGCUCCAUAGUUUAUCGAAGUUGUGUAUCAAAAGUGGUUUGCAUUGUUCGGGAUUUGUGAUAUCGCGGUUGAAAUUCACCUCCCGAAUGCACCGGGAUCCGUGUCUUGCUGAUAAGCCUGGCGGUGCGGAAGAUAGUCCUCGGGUUUAAAUACAAAACCCCCAACAGUCUCGCGUAACUUCGCGCGGUCGCGGGGGCCGAGUUAAGCGAAAUGCGUCUGUCAAACAGUCUGGGGAGUGCUCGUAGAUAAAAAUCCCAGUGGCGACCAGUGAAGGCACGAGAAACAUAACUAUGGAAUCUUCUUCGAGUACCGAAAAUGUACCAGAUGAGCGGAAGGCUACGGAAUGUACGGGGGAGAAGAGCGGUAAACAACCAACAGUACCCGAGCAAGCUAGCACGGAACCGAAGGCCCAAUCCGAAACAAAAAGCGACGACCAGCCGAAGGUGGAGGAACGCGCCGCACCUAACAAUGACAAACCCGAACAAGCCUCUUCCUCAUCCUCAUCGUCAGCUUCCAAAAAUGCUCCCCCAGUCAGCAGAACGUUCGAUAAAGUACCGAUUUUCAUCGUAGAAGAUCAUCACGAGGUGCUAGCGUUUCUCUAUCGGUGCCUCGGCUCGAAGCACCUGCCACUGCACGGGAAUAGGAUCGUGCAUUUCGACUCACAUCCGGACAUGUGCAUUCCAAAGCACAUGCCCGCGACGUACGUGUUCAACAAGGACGACCUGCUGGAUAGUAUCAGCAUCGAAAACUGGCUAAUGCCUACGGUGUUUGCUGGGCAUGUGCAGCGUAUCGUAUGGAUAAAACCACCAUGGUCGGACCAGAUACCAAAAGGAAAGUUUGAAUUUCAUGUCGGAGAGUUCGAGGGCUCCAUCCGGACGGACUCGACGCUGGAGUACUUCGUGUCGGAGGGUUGCUAUCAGCCGGCGGACAAGUUGGAAAACAAGAAGCGUCUACAGCUGGAGGUGUGCGCCGUCGGUGAAUAUAAGGUCGCAGAGGACACGGACCUUGCUGGGGGCUACAUUCUCGAUAUCGAUCUGGACUACUUUAGCACACAUAAUCCCUUCCUGAAGAUCUACGACAAGGUGCAGCUGUACGAGAAGUUGAAGGAUAUUUUCGUCUCUCCCGAGCUGGCCGAUGACGACACUGCCAGCGAUUUGGAAAAGCUGCAACGGGUGGCCCGGGAUCGCGAGGAAAAGCUCGAGUUUCUUGAGUCCAUUUUCCUGUAUCUGGAAGAGGUGGGCAAUUUGAAGCAUUUUCUGGUGGACUACCAGCAAGAGAUCAGCGACGAAUACGCGGGUUUGCUGGAGAAGGUAACGGCGCUCGUGCGGACGCUGAAGAAGGAAUACAAAGAGGAAGAGAUCGAUUGGUCGAUGAUCUACGAUGCGGGCUGCACGUGCGACGUGACCGAUCUGCCGCAUCACGAGUCGAGCCGGGAGGAGAUUGAGACGAUGGUGCAGCAACUCGAACACUUCCUGCGGCAGCUUCCAUGCGCACCGGUCGUAAUCACAAUAUCACGAUCGAGCGAAGAUGACUACACACCGGCAGAGCAGGUGGAGAUGAUACAGGACAUGGUACUGGGUGCACUUACAAAGUGCCUGCGAGUAGAGCUAGACAACCCGAUACUGUACUAUAAGGAUCAGGAACUUAAUUUGUAAGACAAUAAAGCUAACACCCAUUCACAUCGUA